AUGGCAACACUUUCUGUUCCUUGUAUUACCGAUUCGAAAAGUCGACACAGUCGAAGUCAAUUACAUAUGGUAACACCAACAUCACGUGUUCCCAACGAAACAGUUACAGAAGAAUGGUGGCCGUCGAUGAAUACAAAAGAAAAAACAAUAUUAGCUCUCGCCAAUGACAUAACGCAUCGAGCAGGAAAUUCCAGUAAAGAUCCAUUAACAUUAAAGUCAAAAAGUUUACUAGUACCUACACGUCUAGCAUUAAAACGUAAUCGUGGCGAAUUCGGAGCGCCUUCUCUUUUUCGUAAACCAGCAAUAUUCGAUGGACUUCAAAUGGAACUAGGCAAUCUCGAUAAAGAUAACGACUUUGAACCUGGUGAAUACCAAUAUGAGAAAAAUCAAUCUUUAAAAAACCAACAGACAAUGACAAAUAAUGACAACGCUUUUAAUAUGUUUAAUACUCGUAAACAUUCGAUUUCAAAUCACAGUGCACCUUUAGAGAUGCAACGCAAUAACACUAAUAAACCAUCAACUCCGCACAGUCUUCCACAAACACAAGUUGUCUCGUUGUUAUACAGUCCGUCGCCUUGCUCAUAUUUGGUACCACGAAAAUCUUGUCGAGAGAAAAAUGCACCAUCAUAUACGUUCGGUACUCGUUGUUUUGUUGAGAAGAAAGGAGGUUCUCGAACAAGUUGGAAUAAAGAAUGGUUUUGUCAUUCGAAUCCUUUUACCCGAAAAGUUGAUUUUGGACGUGAGGUUGUUUGGCCAACGCCAUUUCAUUACAGAGUUCGACCCACAAUAGGAUCGCAUCAACCAGUAAAAAUUAGUUUUCCAUCGUGGUCUUUUGGACAAAAAUUCCCAUCAGCAGAUGAAAAUGUUGAAACUAAACCCCAUGAACAAGUACCCGGACCUGACUCAUAUGAUGUUUUGUCAGCGUUCAGAAAUAUGUCAAAAUCAAACGCUUAUGUCACAUUAAAAUCUAGACAAAAUGGCACACAACUUUGGAAUCAAACGAAAGAAAAAAAUCCCGGUCCCGGCACUUAUAAUCAUAUCAAAUUUCAUACAGACAAACAUUCUAGUCCAGCAUAUUCUUUUGGAAAACGAAUUCCAACAAAUUUAUCAAAUGAUCCUUAUAUCAGUGUUUUACCAAAUAUAGAAAGUAUUUAA